AUGGUAGCAACCCCGAUGGCGACAUAUUAUCCUUUGCUUGACAUCACCGGACGCGACGUUGUCGACAUGGCGGCGCCAAUCGUCGUUGAAGAGGCUUCAAAGCCUGCUUCGACUGAUGCCAAAACUAUCAUGGUGGCUAAGGAUGAGGCGUGGGAGGCUGAGUACCUCAAGGCUAUGGAGGAGAUGGAGUACACGAACAAAGAACGCACGUCGGGCAAGACGAAGAGGUGCAGCUCCGGGAAUGCGAAGACGGUAAAGAGGUGUUUCGGCUAUUGUAGUGGAUUAUGA